CGGAGAUUUCCGUGACUCCACAAAGUUGAGAGUUCCAACAAAUUUAGUCUCAUAAAACCCCUUUAUUCCACUGUCGUUGUGUACGGAGACAGCGUUUUGUCGCUGUCAGAGUGAUAUUCAAUCUGACAAUGGCUUUAGUGCGAGCUGCCAUCCGGGGUCUGAUAAAUAAAGUCCCUCCAUCAGGCCCACUGAGAGUUAUGAGUCUUCGUACUGGCCAGCCAUCAGUGAUGCGGCCAUUGUUGCAGAUCUCUGGGACACAGCUUUACGUCAAUAAAGAGGUCAUAGAUAAACAGCAAAGAAGGUGGAGAAAUCGUUAUGCAGGAUUUGGUCAUCGAACAAGACCAGCUUCAAGGAAUGCGAUUUAUUAUUUAUGUUUUCUAAGUGGUGGGCUUGUUAUAACCUAUCUCACCAACAUCCCACAGUGGCUGGGGAAAAAACUGGAACCCAAAAUCAGUAAAGUUGAUGCAGCAACUCCUCCUGAGGCCGUGGAAAGUGAGGAAGGAACUGGAGCUGAGGAAGAAAAGAAAAAGAAGCGGAAACGCCCUGGAUUCAGAGACAGACGGAUUAUUGAAUACGAAAACCGCAUCAGAUCUUACUCAACCCCUGACAAAAUAUUCCGGUAUUUUGCUACACUCCAAACCAAGAUUGGAGGAGAGUGGGAGGUGUUCAUGACACCUGAAGAUUUUGUACGUUCAAUCACUCCCAGUUUGAAACAACCUGAAGGUCUUGGUCUCGAUCAAUUCAAGAAGUUUGACCCAAAGGAUAUCAUGACGCAGGAUGAACUUGAUGAUUGGAAGGAGAAGCUGAGGUGUAAGAAUGCUGCAGAAGACAGCAUCUUCAACAAAUUAGGACAGAGUGGACUGAUUUCCUUUUCUGAUUACAUAUUUCUCUUAACGAUCCUGUCAACUCCACAGCGGCAGUUUCAGAUUGCAUUCCGUAUGUUCGACUUCAACGGAGAUGGCGAGGUAGAUCAUGAGGAAUUUGAGAAGGUGCAAAUGAUAAUUCGAUCACAGACCAGUGUGGGUCUACGCCACAGAGACCACUCUACGACAGGAAGUGUUGUGAAAGGUUUCAACUCAGCUCUCACCACCUACUUCUUUGGCACUGAUUCGUCAGGAAAACUGACGAUUGAUAAGUUCCUCGAGUUUCAGGCACAGCUGCAGAAGGAUGUCUUGAAGUUAGAGUUUGAUCGCUUCGAGCCUGAGGAUGGCAAAAUCAAAGAGACUGAGUUGGCCGAGGCACUGAUCACGUAUUCUGGUUUCACUGAUGUCAAGAGGACCAAGAUGUUGAAGAGAGUCAAGAGAAAGUUUAAGGAAGAUCCAAAGGGACUUGACUUUGAGGAGUAUCUGAACUUCUUCCGCUUCUUGAAGCACAUCAAUGAUGUGGACACGGCCCUUACUUUCUAUCACGUGGCUGGAGCUUCUAUCGACCAGGCCACACUAAAACAUGUAGCGAAGACCGUGGCUCACAUCACGUUGAGUGACCAUGUUGUUGAUGUUGUCUUCACUCUCUUUGAUGAAAAUGAGGACGGUGAGCUGAGUAACAAGGAGUUUGUUUCGGUGAUGAAGCACAGAUUGAUGCGAGGCCUGGAGAAACCAAAGGACACUGGUUUGUGGAAGCUUGUCGGUGCAAUGUGGAAGUGUGCAAAAUCUCAGACUCCAACAUUUUCGGAAUCGUAGUCUCAUUGGCAGUGUUACAAAACAUAACUGAAAAUCAAAUUUAAUAUAGUGCACGGUAUUGGAUGGUGAAUACAUGUUCCACAAUAAUGAAUUUGAUUAAAAUUAUUCCUAAGAAAGGUACAUAGACUAAAAAGUUGCAUUGAAUCUGAGCAGCUUGGGGAAUCUAUUUUCAUUCAACUAAUGCCUGUAUCUGAAUACUCGAGGUGUCUUUUCAAACUAUGACAUUUCUAGUUCUUGGUUGGUGCCGUUUAUAUAUGUUCUAGGCAAAUCAAAAUGGUCAUGGGGUUUUAUUAUUGAAUAACCAAUUUACAGUGAACCUGUGUUAUAUUCAGGUACACAAUGAUGGAUUAGGGGACUUAUUUUGACUUCAUACCACUCAUAUUGACUUACAAUACAUGUAAGUACCAUUUAACAUAUCAAAAUUUAAAAUGCCUAUCGGUGUCAGACAGAAAAUCUAUGAUCUAACAGAAUAAUCUAAUGUGGGUAAAAUAUACUUAUGGUAUUUAGAAAUUUCUUUAGAAAUUUAAUAAACGGACUUGAAUUAUUUCUGUGUAUGAUUAUGUUACCAGUACAAGAAGUAAAUGAAAACUGAUCCAAACACUAGCAAAUAAGUUCGACUCUUUCAUACUCGCUUCAGAUGAAAUUAUGGUAGGUCGAAUCAUUAUGUAAAACCUUCCUUUUGUGAUAUGAGUAGAAAUGUACACUAUUAUGUAUAGAUAUUAUGACUGUGAUCACAAUCAUGCUUUAAGCUACUUUAGACUAGUACUUGCUUGAGGAAGAUGCGAAGCAUAAUUACCUUAUUUCAGGUGUGGGGGUUCUGAUACUCCUCCUACAAUUGUUUGGAUUGAAGGCAGUCAAACUCUAGGGUAGUGAGUCCAUAAGAUGCUUUGCCAUGGUCUUGUUCCCUACUUAUCUGAUGGUCCAGUGAGUUUUGAUUUUCUCCUCGAUUCUGUUCUCUCGAUUUAUAUCUAUUUUUUGUAUGAUGUCAGUCAUAUAAUUUAUUGUAAGUUGGGUGAUGAAAAUGCAGAUCAGCUGAGGAAUUUGAAGUUGAUUUGGAUAUAGUGAUACUAAUGCUGAUCAUUGUAAAUACUUGUAUAGCUGACAAAUAUGUCCUAUGCUUUACACUUUUGAGAUAAAGUGUGUUGUUGUGUACAGUAUGUACAGUACAGUAGUGAGGGUAGCGAAAAGGUUGUGAAGGUGUUAACAAAUUGAUAAAAAUUCCAUAAGCUUCAGUUAAAAUUUUCCCAAUUUCGGUGUUGUGAUAUUGAGAGAAUGUUUAGGUUAUCAUAUUUCUAAGAGUAAGACUUUCGCUUUGAAAAAUGUAACAUGUACUGGUAGGUGGUAAAAUUCUUUUGUAUAACAUUCAGUAUAUUAGUAUAACACGUUUCAGGCAGUUUACUUGUGUCAUGACCUGGGUGAAUGGUGAACCAGAGCUGAAGCAAUGUUCAAUUUUGCAUGAUUGCAUGCAUCACUUGACCUUGUAUGUUAAGAUGUGUUGAGAAAACUGUGGAGUAUCACAUAGUUGUAAGGAUUGCUGUAAAUAGGCCUAUGUAUAGCUUAUUAUCUUUUCUAUGAGUUAAGUCUAUUUUGUCUGUUGUUAAUAUUGUUCCCCUUGGUCAAAUUAUGAAGUAGUAACUGGAUGAGCCAGUGCCACAUUUUUAUAUCUAUCCCAAUAUAUAUGAUUUGUUGCUUCGAGAGAUGAUAUAGUUUAUGUCCCAUGGAAGUGCAUAAAAAAUCUCUCAAUUGUUAAGUAGAGUAGAGUAGGCUUCUUUUUCUCUUAUAAUUUCGAUAUGUCCUCUAUACCUACUGCAAUAAUCUCCAUUUGCAAACUGCGAAGUAUAUAACUUUGUGGGUUAGCAAAUGACCUGUAAUAAUCCUUUCGUUGCACUUACAUAACAAUUUCAGCAAAAAUGUAUAAGAACCUACUACAUUACUCCCUGAUUUUCGAAUAUGAGAUGCAGUGCACGUUUUUCGAUAUGAAGUGUUGUUAUACUUCAGAUUUUCACGUGUAUUUGCCAAGAUAAUUUGUGGUAGGUGGGAAGGUCAUGCUCACAUGAAAACAGUACAAAAUGAGGUGAGAUGUUGUAAGAGCACUGUAUUAAAAAAGUAACAUUUUCAUGGAAAAUCUCUUAUUUUGCUUGUUAUUUAUAAGAGUAAAUCGACAAUAUCAAGGCUUCUAGGAUUUUUGAUAGUCUUCUUCAUGAGCAAUGUACUUAAAUAGUUAAAUAAAAGUAAUUUAUUAUUGAA